AUGCCUGGGCGUCUAUUAGAGAGCAUUAAAAAAAUUUUUUUAAUAAAAAAAAAUUUUUUUCAAAGAUCAAAUUAUCCAACAAUCCAAAAUAUAGUCAAAGAAACACCAUUAGUAUUUGUUAAUGUAGACGAAUUUGUAGACUUUCCCCGUCCAAUAAAUCCAAAUGUUGUGUAUAUUGGAGGUUUAGGCUUUAAUAAAAUAACAACAACAACAACAUUAAAAGAGCCUUACUUAACUGAAAUAAAUAAAGGAAAGGGAACAAUUUAUUUUUCUUUGGGCUCGUUAUUAAAUACUUUUACUUUACCUAAUAAUUUUAUGAAAAAUUUAUUUGCUUCGUUUGGAAGUUUAAAAGAAUGGCAUUUUAUUGUUAAAAUUAGUGAAGGUGAUGAACAUAGUUUAGAAAUGUCGAAAAAUUAUUCUAAUGUUUUUUUGACGAGUUGGGCACCGCAGAGAGCGAUUUUAGGUAAAUUUUUUGUUUAA